AUGGACAAAGAAGAAGAUAAAAGCAAAGCCAGGCCUUCUACACCAAUUCCACCAACUCAAGGAUAUUAUGGUCCAAGAAAUGCCUAUUGCCCGCCAUUUAUGAUGCAUCCAAAUUCCCAACCAAUGCCACCAUUUCCAACAACGUUCAUCUACCCUCUGUCGAGUAAUGCCGAGGAGUCAAGUCAUGUUGAACAAACUAGCCAGCCGCCACCAAUGCCACCGCUUUCAACAAUGUUCAUCUAUCCUCCGUCGAGUAGUGCGGAAGACUCGAGACAACCCCCACCAAUGCCACCUUUUCCAACAGUGUUCAUCUAUCCUCCGUCAACUAAUGCCGAGGAGUCGAGUCGUCUUCAAGAAGUGAUCCAACCCCCACCAAUGCCACCUUUUCCAACUGCGUUCAUCUAUCCUCCGUCGACUAAUGUGGAGGAGUUUGGCCAUCUUCAACAAGCGAUCCAACCCCCACCAAUGCCACCUAUUCCAACUAAUUUCAUCUCCCCGCCGUCCAGUACCGAGGCAGAGGAGUCGGGACAUGUUCAACGAACGAGCCAGCCCCCACCUAUGCCACCUAUUCCAACAACGUUUAAGUCCCCUUCGUCGAGUAAUGCAGAGGAGUUGGGGCAUGUUCAAGAAACGAGUCAGAUACUUCAUUAG